AAAAGUUAAUCCAUUUCUUCUCACCUCACUCACAGCCUGUUAGCUACUCCAAUUCUCUCUCUCUCUCUCUCUCUCUCUCUCCCCCCCACCCAACAGAUACCCAUUUCUACAAUAGAUAGCUGCAGGUGAACAGUAAAAUGAGCUGGUGGUGGGCUGGAGCUAUUAGCGCUGCAAAGAAGAAAUUGGAAGAUGACGAUGGGCCACCAAAGUACCAAAGCGUUGGUCUCAUCGUCGGCGUGACCGGCAUCGUUGGCAACAGCCUAGCUGAGAUCCUCCCCCUCUCCGACACCCCUGGCGGCCCAUGGAAGGUCUACGGCGUCGCCCGCCGCCCCCGCCCCCCUUGGAACUCCGAUCACCCCAUCGAAUACAUCCAGUGCGACGUCUCCAACCCCGAAGAAACCCAAUCCAAGCUCUCAGCCCUCCAAGACAUCACUCAUAUCUUCUACGUAACUUGGGCUAAUCGAUACACUGAAAUUGAAAAUUGUCCAGCAAAUGGACAAAUGUUGAGAAAUGUACUCAAUGCAGUGAUACCCAAUUCCCCAAAUUUGCAGCAUAUUUGCCUUCAAACAGGUCGAAAGCAUUAUAUAGGUCCCUUUGAACUGUGGGGAAAAGCUCAAAUCCAUGAUCCUCCGUUUCAUGAGGAUCUUCCUAGGCUAGAUGUGCCCAAUUUUUACCAUACCCUCGAAGAUAUUAUGUGGGAAGAGGUUGGGAAGAGGGAGGGCUUAACGUGGUCUGUUCAUCGACCCUCGAUAAUAUUUGGGUUUUCGCCCUAUAGUUUGAUAAACCUCGUGGGUUCCCUGUGUGUUUAUGCUGCAAUUUGUAAGCAAGAGGGUGCUCCAUUUAGGUUUCCGGGGAACCGGGCAGGGUGGGAGGAGUACUCGGAUGCAUCGGACGCGGACUUGAUUGCCGAGCAUCAGAUAUGGGCAGCAGUGGAUCCAAAUGCGCAGAACGAGGCCUUCAAUUGUAGCAAUGGUGAUGUGUUUAAGUGGAAGCAUUUGUGGAAGGUGUUGGCUGAGCAAUUCGGGGUGGAGUAUUGCGAGUUUGAGGAUGGAUUGGGUAUGAGUUUAGAGGAGAUGAUGAAGGAUAAAGGGCCAGUGUGGGAUGAGAUUGUGAGUGAGAAUGGUCUGUUGCCUACUAAACUGGAAGAGGUCGGAGUGUGGUGGUUUGUUGAUCUUAUUCUGAGUGGUGAGUUGAAGUUGGAUAGUAUGAACAAGAGCAAAGAGCAUGGGUUCUUGGGAUUUAGGAACUCCAAAUCAUCGUUUAUUUCUUGGAUCGAUAAGAUGAAAGCUAACAGAAUCGUUCCUUAGAUUGAUAUCGAGUUGUUAAUAUCUCUGUUAUAUAUAUGUAUAUAUAGAUAUAUAUAUUUCGUACUCUGAUGAUUGUAUAAAAUAUAUAGAAACUGUACAACAGGGGUGAUAGCCCCAUGUCUGGUAUGUGUUGAAAGAAGAGAAUAAUAAAGAAAGAAGCAUUUGCUUCCUCAAACUAUAAAUAGUAGUUGUAGAUUUUAGGUUGGUUUUGUGUCUGUUGGCGAUACAAAUUUAUUGAGAUGUUUGUGUUUUGUGUUU